AUGGUCCGGGAGACCAGGCACCUCUGGGUGGGCAACCUGCCGGAGAACGUCCGCGAGGAGAAGAUCAUCGAGCACUUCAAGCGAUAUGGACGUGUUGAAAGUGUCAAAAUUCUCCCCAAAAGGGGAUCGGAAGGCGGCGUGGCGGCCUUUGUGGAUUUUGUGGACAUUAAGAGUGCACAGAAGGCACACAAUUCUGUCAACAAAAUGGGAGACAGAGACCUUCGGACGGAUUAUAACGAACCAGGAACCAUUCCUAGUGCUGCUCGGGGAUUGGAUGAUACAGUUUCCAUAGCAUCUCGUAGUAGAGAGGUUUCUGGGUUCAGAGCUGGUGGUGGGCCCACGUAUGGCCCACCGCCAUCACUUCAUGCACGGGAAGGACGCUAUGAGCGGAGACUUGAUGGGGCUUCAGAUAACAGGGAGCGCGCUUAUGAGCCUAGUGCCUAUGGACACCAUGAACGUGGGACAGGAGGAUUUGAUCGCACGAGACAUUACGAUCAGGAUUAUUACAGAGAUCCUCGGGAACGAACUUUGCAACACGGACUCUAUUACAGUUCUCGGAGUCGCAGCCCGAGCCGCUUCGAUGCUCAUGACCCUCGUUACGAACCUCGGGCCCGGGAGCAGUUUACGUUGCCCAGCGUGGUACACAGGGAUAUCUACCGGGAUGACCUCACCAGGGAGGUCCGAGGUAGAAGGCCGGAACGGAGUUACCAGCACAGCAGGAGCCGGUCCCCCCAUUCCUCCCAGUCCAGGACCCAGUCUCCCCAGAGGCUGGCCAGCCAAGCGUCCAGACCCACUCGAUCGCCCAGCGGAAGCGGUUCUAGAAGCCGGUCUUCAAGCAGCGAUUCGAUCAGCAGCAGCAGCAGUACCAGCAGCGACAGCAGCGACUCUAGUAGCAGUUCCAGUGACGAAUCUCCAGCCCGUUCAGUUCAGUCAACGGCUGUUCCUGCCCCCACCUCCCAGUUGCUUCCACCUCUGGAGAAAGACGAACCCCGCAAAAGUUUCGGGAUUAAGGUCCAGAAUCUUCCUGUGCGUUCUACAGACACCAGCCUCAAAGAUGGGCUGUUCCAUGAAUUCAAGAAGUACGGGAAGGUGACUUCUGUCCAGAUUCACGGGGCCUCUGAAGAGCGAUACGGACUGGUCUUCUUCCGGCAGCAGGAGGAUCAGGAGAAGGCCCUAAACGCCUCCAAAGGAAAGCUCUUUUUUGGCAUGCAGAUUGAAGUGACUGCUUGGAUAGGGCCAGAAACUGAAAGUGAGAACGAAUUCCGGCCACUGGAUGAAAGGAUUGAUGAGUUUCACCCUAAAGCGACUAGAACUCUCUUCAUUGGUAACCUUGAGAAAACCACCACGUAUCAUGACCUUUGUAACAUUUUUCAGCGUUUUGGAGGAAUAGUGGAUAUCGACAUUAAGAAAGUGAAUGGGAUUCCUCAGUAUGCCUUCCUGCAGUUCUGCGAUAUUGCCAGUGUCUGCAAAGCCAUCAAAAAGAUGGAUGGAGAAUAUCUCGGAAACAAUCGCCUCAAGCUGGGCUUUGGGAAGAGCAUGCCUACCAACUGCGUGUGGCUGGACGGACUAGCAACAAGCCUCACGGAUCAGUAUUUGACGCGACAUUUCUGCCGCUAUGGCCCUGUAGUGAAGGUGGCGUUUGAUCGUUUAAAAGGCAUGGCUCUGGUUCUCUACAAUGAGAUAGAAUACGCACAGGCGGCUGUCAAAGAGACCAAGGGGAGGAAAAUCAGUGGAAAUAAAAUUAAGGUGGAUUUUGCGAACCGCGAGAGCCAGAUGUCAUUCUAUCAGUCUAUGGAGAAAACGGGUCAGGACAUUCGAGACUUCUACGAAAUGCUUGCAGAAAGAAGGGAUGAAAGGAGAGGCUCCUAUGACUAUGCUGCGGAUCGUACCUAUUACGAGGCUGUCCGGACACCGGGGACGUAUACAGAAGACCCUCGGAGGGAAUAUCCGGCUCGAGGCAGGGACUUUUACGCCGAUUGGGAGCCUUACCAAGGAGACUAUUAUGACCCACGGUAUUACGACGACCCCCGGGAAUACCGAGACUACAGGGGAGACCCUUACGAGCAAGACAUCAGGGAGUACAGCUACCGUCAGCGUGAGCGCAAGCGGUUUGACUCUGACCGAGAGCACGAAAGGAGGCCCUUGGAAAGGAGCCAAAGCCCCGCUCAUUCCCGUCGGCCACAGAGCCCCAGCGCCUCACCUUCGCAGUCCGAGCGGCUGCAGAGCGACUCCGAGAGGCGGAUCUACAGUCGCUCUUCUGAGCACAGUGGCAGCUGCAGCUCCCUUUCUCCGCCCCGCUAUGACAAACUGGACAAAGGACGCCUCGAGCGAUACGCCAAAAACGAAAAACCCGAAAAAGAGCGUGCUUUUGAACAAGAGCGGCCGGAGAAAGACAAGCGCCUGGUGAGGAAAGAGAAGACGGAGAAGCUUGAAAAAGAGAAGACGGAGAAGCAGAAGCGCAAGGCCAAAGUGCAUUCUCCCAGCUCUCCGUCUUCGGAAACCGACCCGGAAAACGAAAGGGACCCCAGCCCUGAGAAACCGAAAGGCAGCAGCAAGCAGAGCCGGGAAAGAGCCGAGAGGGAGGGGGCUGCUAAGAACCGCCUGGAUCUCAUGCCGUGCGUGGUACUGACCCGAGUGAGAGAAAAGGAAGGGAAGGUCCUCGACCAGCUUCAGCUGGACAAAGUAAGAGGGAAGCUGGAGAGCGACCCCAUCAAGGCCCUCUUGCCUGAUCAGAAAAUGCAGAUUUCCCAGGUGGAUCAGACCAAGUCGGACCCGCUGAAGCUCGACUCCAUCAGAACCAAAGUGCCCAAAGAGAAGGUCCUGGCCAGCCAUAUUGAGGUGGUGGAGAAAGAUGGGAAACUGAAGCCUAAGAAGCACCUGAAGGCAGAUCCAUCCAGUGAAGUGGCCUAUCCGGUGGACCUAGAAAAGCUGGAGGCUCGCAAAAGACGUUUUGCUGAGGCAAACCUAAAAUCUGACAAGCAAAAAAUGGAAAUCAAAAGAAGCAUUCAGGAGGAGGAGGAAGGCCGGGUCUUUUUGAAGAAGCAGAUUGAUGUGGUGGAAACUGAAAGGAAGCCCCUGAGAAAAGAGGCCAUUAAAAGGGAAACUAGGAAAAUCAAGCUGGAAAGACUUAUUAGCAUGGCCAGUCCCAAAGACACUACAGAGCCUGCCAGCCUUUCAGUAGGCCUUGCUUCCCGGCCUGUUCUAGAGCUCCAGGUUAGGCUGGGGGAGGCAGCUGAGGCCCUUGAGAUCUCCUCCAAAAAGAUAAAUUCCAUAAAACUGCACCACAAACAUGCACAGCUUUUAGAUGACCAGGGAGCGGAGAGGGAUGAGAUUUGGAGAAACUACUGCAGUCUUCCCGAAGAAGUGUGUGACCGUAAAGGGGCCCAGGAAAAGCCUCAUUCCUCAGACGUCGAAGAGAAAAUUCCCAUUGACAUUGAUCACACCCAGAGCUACCGAAAACAAAUGGAGCUAAGCCGGCGGCUAAAGCAGCAAAUGGAAAUGGAGUCUGCCAAACACGAGAAGUUUGGCAGUCCCAAAAGGGACCUGGAUGACUUUGAGCGGCGCAGUCUGGUGCAUGAAGUGGGGAAGCCCCCACAAGAUGUGACGGACGACUCCCCUCCAAGUAAGCGGAAGAAAUCCUGCGAGGCCUUUGAGUUUGAGAUCAGCACCAAGAGGGAGAGAAAUUACCGAAGCUCCCGCCAGGUGAGUGAAGACUCUGAGAGAACUGCCAUUUCUCCUGGCCUGAGACCUUUCCCGUUCCACGAGGAGGAGGAAGUGUUGGAUUCCCCAAGGCUGAUUCCUUUCAAAGACGCUAAAGAAUCCCCUAGAAUGGAAGAAAAGGGGCCUCCGUAUUCAAAUGUGCCCAUGACGGAAGAUGCCUUGAAAUUUAACCCUUAUGACUCUAGCAGGAGGGAGCAGAUGGUCGAGAUUGCUAAACUGAAGCUCUCCGCCUUGACUUCAGAGGAGGAAUCAACCCGAUGGGACUCUCACGUGAAGCAAGAACCCGGGCGGGUGGACAUUAGCUUCCCAAGUAGCAUCGUCAAACGGGACAGUAUCCGAAAGCGAUCCAUCCGGGAUCUGGAACCGGGGGAGGUGCCCUCCGACUCAGAGGAAGAGGGCGACUCGAAGCCCCACUCUCCUAGGCCGUCGUCUUUCCUGGAGGGCUCCAGGUUGUCUUUUUUAUUACGAGACAGGGAAGAGAAACUACGUGACCGAGAGGAGCGGUUGCCGACUUCCUUAGAGAGGAAUAAAUUUUACUCUUUCGCUUUGGACAAGACAAUCACACCAGAUACAAAAGCCUUGCUCGAGAGAGCCAAGUCCCUCUCUUCGUCAAGAGAGGAAAAUUGGUCUUUCCUCGACUGGGAUUCAAGAUUUGCUAGUUUUAGAAACAAUAAGGAUAAAGAGAAAGUGGACUCUGCGCCGAGGCCGAUCCCUUCAUGGUAUAUGAAAAAGAAAAAAAUCAGACCAGACUCAGAAGGGAAGUUGGAUGAUAAGAAGGAGGAUCAUAAAGAAGAAGAACAGGAAAGGCAGGAGCUCUUUGCUUCCCGUUUUUUGCACAGCUCAAUUUUUGAACAGGAUUCUAAGCGCCUGCAGCACUUAGAAAAGAGAGACGAAGAGCUUGACUUCCUUUCGGGCAGAUUGUAUAGCAGACAAGCAUCUCUGGAUGGGACCAACAGCAUCUCAGACUUCAUGCCGGAACCCGUGGUUCUCUUCCACAGCAGGUUCAUGGAGCUCACCCGAAUGCAGCAGAAGGAAAAGGAAAAAGACCAGAAGCCCAAAGAAGCCGAAAAACAGGAAGACAAGGAAAACAGGCCCAAGACUCCUGAAGCCGGGUCUGAGCAUCACGAGCCAGAGCAUAAAUCGCCCAUUUGUGUGGGACCCUUGCCAGUUUCCCACAUUCCCCCCGAACCCCUGCCUCUUUGUCCAGAGAAAGCCGGGAGUGAGAAGCCUCUCGUGGAGGGGCCUCUUCCUUUGAGGGCGGAAAAGUCCCUAGAGCCUGGGCCUGCGGUGCUCCCUGAAGGGUUCAAGGCCCUUCCGGAGGAGCUUCUGCCUGUUAAAAUUGACUCUCUUGAGUACCUCGAAGUCCCUCCCUUGGCGGAUCACAGCAAAGACAGUGCCCUUUCCGUGGCAGCUCCCGAGGAAGACUCCAGAGCCCUCGAAAACCAUUCCUGUUUGGACACUAAACCGCCCACCCCCGGCUCUUCCUUCUCCCAAGCGCCUCUCGGGACAGACCCAGAAGCUGAACUGGGCUCGCUGCCGCACAAAUUGACAGCUAAAUCUGAGGUGCUGCCUGAACCUAAAGAAGACCUUUCCCCCCCAGCCAUUAUCGUGGAGUCUGGAGCAGGCCAGAAAGCGGAAGCCCUGGCUGAGGUCCUGCCUACCGUUUCUGAUACAGAGAUGGAAGCCGAGCCCCCCGUGGUAGCGAAAGACAAAAAGUUGUAUAAAAACAGACGUUCGAAAACCCCUGUUCAGUCUAUAGUGGCCAGUGUGGCAGAGAAACCGGCCACAAGGAAGAGUGAAAGAAUCGAUCGAGAGAAGCUGAAACGUUCCGCCUCCCCCCGGGGGGAAACUGUGAAGCUGCUGGAACUGAAGGUGGAAACGGAGAAGGGCUCAAGAAACGCCACUAAGUCUCCAAGUGCUGCGGUGGUGGCAGAACCAGAAAACCCGGAGCCCAGUUUGCCAGUGGGCCGAACCAGGCGCAGAAAUGUGAGGUCUGUCUAUGCAACCAUGGGAGAUCACGACCUGCCAUCGUCGAUUAAAGAGGCCGUGGAAGUCACCAGGCCAACCAGGAAAAGGAUUGAACGAGAACCCCCAGACCCGACAACUAUUCCCACUCCCCCCAGAAGAGGCCGACCUCCCAAGGCAAGGCGCAAACCCGAGGAAGAAGUGUCUCCUGUCAAGGUUGAACCAGCGCAGUCACAGGAGGCAGAAGAAGUCGAAGGGAAAGAGACAGUAGACAUCCCGAAGCCGGUGGAGGGGUGGCGCUCACCCAGAUCGCAGAAACUGCUCCACAGCCAGACACUGGUGGCUAAAAAGGGGAAGAACGAGCCUAAGGUAGAGGCGUCCCCGGAGCCCGAGGAGUCCCUUGAUCCGCCCAGCCAAGGGCCACACAUCAGCGAGAACUGUGGCAAGCUCAAGGCAGAGAAGGAGACGAUCCCACAAGAGCCAAAGCGAGAGCGGAAGGAAGUGGAGAUGUCUAAAAAUACCUCCGAAGGCUGCCCUGUUGAAAUUGUUGAAAGGAAAUUUAUUCCAGAUAAAGCUACCAAGGCCAAAAGGGGACGGUCCAGGAGCAUCAAGGCUGUCGAUAAAGCAUCUCUGAUUAAAAGCCUAAAAAACAUCGAGAUCCGUCUUAACGUGGAUGAAGUGAAAGGGGCGCUACGGCCCAGCGAGGAGGAAGGGGAGCUCUUGCCCCCCUUCCCAGCCAAAAGCAAAAGCCCCCUAAAAGAAGACAAACUCUCUCCACAGCUCCCAAAGAACGAGGCCGAAGACCCUCUCCAGGACACCAGGAAAGAAGCCGCCGGCGAAUCGGCCCAGCCUCCCGAGGCUGACCAGCUGGCCAAGCAGAUUGAACUUGAGCAGGCCGUGCAGAACAUCGCCAAGCUGACGGAAGGCCCAGCGAUUGCGGCCUACAAGGAACAACAGGCGGCUGAGGUGUCCGAAGUUCGCCAGGAGGAAGAAGGUGAUAAGCCCGCCCACCAGGCCAGCGAAACGGAGCUGGCGGCUGCCAUAGGGUCCAUCAUGAAUGACAUCGGUGCCGAGGGAGAAGGCUUUGCCGCUCCACCGACAUACCCUCCUGAGCCCGAGGCAGACCUGCCCAGCGAACCCUUGGUGUUGCCUUCUGCUCGAGAGGACAUGGAGCCCGAGACAGACCAGGCAGUCAGCAAUAUCUUAGAAGCAGAAGCUGCCUCAGGAGAAACGCCAGGCCCCGGCUCAGCUGCAGGGACGGAAAGCAAAGAAGCCGAAGUCAGCCUAAGUGAAUCCUCCAAUUCUGCUCAGGAGGCAGAAACCUCCCAGGAGGCGGAAGGCUCUCGGAAGGAGCGCGGACGCCAGAAGUCCACACGGCUCAGGCGCAAGCGGAGCACCAGCAAGAAAGAACUGGCGGAAUUUAGGACGCUUGAGCCUGAAAGAGCCCAGAGCAAAUCCCCCAGUGUCCCAGAAGCAACGGGGACCCCCGAAGGGGCCAUGUCAGAUGACAGCCAGGGAAAAGCCUUCCCACCGGCAGCCCCCUCCCGCCUGGUAAUUCCCCAGGCAAGCAUGGCUGGAUCCCCAGAGGCAGCUUCGCAGGACCCCCUUACUGAGAGGGGGCCCAGUCCCUCAGAUGGGUUGCUCCCCUCGGUUCCCGUGGACGAGGGAAGUCAGUGCAGAUUCCGACUGAAGCCGGCAGCCGAAAGCCUUCCCGUUCCCCCUCCGGAUGGCCCCCCAAGCGCACCUUUGCCCACAGUUCCCGCUGCGUCAGCAGUGAAGCUUCCCCCCGUGGUCCAGGCUGGCGUGGUCCCUCUGCAUCCCAGCACCACCAAGGUGACCGAGUGGAUUGUGAAGCACGAAGAGGCUCGGUCCCGCUCCACCCCACCGCCAGCUCUUCCCCCUGACACGAAAGCAUCGGACAUAGACCCCAAUUCCAGCACUUUGCGCAAGAUCCUGAUGGAGCCCAAGUACGUGCCUGCCACCGGUGUGGGCGCCUCCACGCAUGUCACCACAGCUAUAGUUGAACCCGUGAGCGCCCCUCGUGUGGAGGAAACGCCCCCUCGCCCUCCGGCAGACGUUUCCAGGCCGGGUCUCGGAGAGAAGUCCCCCGUUCCUACUGCAAACAACGUGGAACUGCCAGUUGCAGAGGCCCCCAUUUUGGCCGAGAAAGAGAAGACGGUUGCUGUCCUGACCCCCAAGGCGACUUCCGUGAUCAGCAGGAUGCCCCACAACAUUGACCUUGAGGAGACUCCCAGGAUCACCCUGGUGAAACAGGCCUCCCAGCCCCAGACGUGCCUGGUCACCGCCGUUUCCCCCAAAUACAAGCAGAGGCCCAGUCCCAACGACAACAGCAGGUUCCACCCGGGCUCCAUGGCUGUGAUUGAGGACCGGCCGGUGGAAACGGGCUCCAGCCCAGGCCUUCGCGUCAACACUUCCGAAGGUGUGGUGCUCCUGAGCUACUCGGGACAGAAGACGGAAGGCUCCCAGAGGAUCAUUGCAAAAAUUAGCCAGAUUCCCCCAGCCAGUGCAGUGGACAUUGAAUUUCAGCAGUCUGUGUCCAAGUCCCAGAUUAAGCAGGAGUCCCUCGUUCCCUCUCAGUCGAUGCCAAAGGGCUCCCCGGCACCUGUGGGGUACGGGAGCUCCUCUACCCCGGCCUUGGUCCUGGGGGGCCAGCAGUACAACCCUUCCCCUGUGCUUCCCUCCGUCAAGCCAGAGCGCGGCAGCAGCAGCAGCAGCUCGGAAAAGUCAGAUUCUGUCCAGGCAGCUGCUGCUCAGUCCUGCCCAGUGAAAGUGCUUUCCUCUCAGUCGGCCAACACUCCCUCCAUCCUGGUGCAUAACCAGAUGGUCCUCUCUCAAACCAUCGCCUCUUCCACCAAGAAGCUUCCGGAUCCUACGUCUCUGAAAGGGGAGAGCAAACCCCUUCAGCCCUCCAACCUGAGCCCCGGGGUGGGUCCUCACCAUCCUUCCUUGUCUGGCAAGUUGUACCCUGAAGCCAACCAUGUGAGCAGCGGGCCGGGAGGUCCUGCCGACAGAGCCGUGUCUCACUUGGGGGUGGCCAAGCAGGAGCCGCUCUCCCCCCGCACCAGCGGCCACUCACCAUCUCCCUUCCCGAGAGCUUGUCACCCCGGGGGCCCUGCUUCCCCAGCGUUGUCAGGGAACAACUCCAUGCUGGGCCUUCAAGGCUCCCCUUGUCCAGGGAUCCCCAUGCCCCAGUACAUCUCCAGCAUGCACCCAGAGCAGUCCGUCAUCAUGCCCCCACACAGCGUGACCCAGACGGUGUCCCUGGGGCACCUCUCCCAGGGCGAAGUGCGCAUGAACACCCCUCCGCUGCCUGGCCUUUCCUACAGCCUCCGCCCCGAGGCCCUGCACUCGCCCAGGGCCCCUCUGCAGCCGCAGCGCUCCAGCACUCCCCAGCCGGCCCCCAUCAGGGAGAUGGUCAUGCCGCCUCUGUCUUCCCAGCACGCCUCCGAGGAAGAGAUGCACUACCACCACCCGGCGUGCCGGGGCUCGGCCCCCGUGCAGUCUGACGUGCUGGUCAUGCAGCCGGACUACCGUGUGCAUCCAGCGGGCAUCCGGCUCGACCAGUACAACGUUCCUCGCGAUGUGAGAGUCAUGAUGCACCCGCACAUGGCCGGAGUGGGCAGCGAGCAUCACCCAGAGCCUCGGCAGUCCAGGACGCCGGAAGGAAGGUCCGUGAAAACGCCUCCGUCCACCAAGGCAGGCAAAGAGACGCCCAAGGCCUCCGAAGUCAAGAUGGCCCACUCACCCCACAGCGAAUCCCGCCUCCUCAGUGGCCAGCUCCCGGGACUGACCUUGAGCCAGCCGGUGGUCGUGCCUCACGGGGUGCAGAUGAUGCACCCCAGCGGGACCACCUUCCACGAUUAUCGGCCGGUGUACGGGGACAUGCGAAGCUACCACCCAGCAGCUCAGCUUGGCCACCCUCCGUUUUCUGGGGGAUCACCGAUCGGGCUUCCUUCCCGGAGCAUGACCCCCUCCCAGGGUCUGCCUGAAGGGGAACAUUCGCACCCCAACCAGCCAGCUCACAGCAAAACUCCUCAGAUCUCCCAAGAGCCUAAAGGAGCCCAGGCCACAGGGCCAGACCCUUCCCUCCAUCCAGCGGUCAAUAGGCAUGUCCAACAGAUGGAGCCCCACUUGCUCCCGAGCCAGACCUCCUCCUACCCUUCUCCCGUCGCCACAUCCGUGAAGCAGGAGCUCCCCUCUUCCCAUCAGGCUCAACUUCCGAAGCUGGCCCUUUUUCCAACCACGGCUGGGCCCGGGGCAACUCCGGGACUGACCUUAGCCCGGUCCGAAUCGCAGUCGGCCUUGAAGCAGGACUCUGCUGGUCACCCAGUUGCCCAAAGACCAGUGGACAUGGUCCAGCUGCUGACGAAGUACCCCAUUGUGUGGCAGGGGCUGCUGGCCUUGAAGAACGACACCGCAGCUGUUCAGCUGCACUUUGUUUCCGGGAACAACGUCCUGGCACACCGCUCCUUGCCAGCCCCGGAGGGCGGCCCUCCCUUGAGGAUCGCCCAGCGGAUGAGGCUAGAAGCCCCGCAGCUGGAAGGGGUGACCCGCCGGAUGAUGGUGGAAAGUGACUACUGCCUGCUGCUGGCUCUGCCUUGUGGCCGAGACCAAGAGGACGUGGUGAACCAGACCGAGUCGCUCAAGGCAGCCUUUAUUAGCUACCUUCAGGCCAAGCAAGCCGCCGGCAUCAUCAAUGUUCCCAACCCCGGCUCCAACCAGCCUGCUUACGUUCUCCAGAUCUUCCCGCCAUGUGACUUCUCCGAGAGCCACCUCUCCCGCCUGGCCCCGGACCUCCUGGCCAGUAUCUCCAACAUCUCUCCCCACCUGAUGAUUGUCAUUGCGGCGGUUUGAAUGACUCAGCGGGAAACGGACAGUUGCCCUCCCUUGGCCCUGCGGCAGGAGGAGAGAGAGAAAGUGAACAAAGGAAGAAGGGACCGGAUCCUGCCAUCCUGCCGGGCCUCCGUCGAACCCUCGUGGCAGGCAGGCGGAAGUCGGGGUUGGUUCCCACGGCCUGGAAUGUUUACAGAUGGGCUUCGAUGAAGAUGGACCUUGGAGGCACCCCGGGGGCAGGCUGAGCCCAGGUGGUGGUCUCCUCCUGGGCCUGCUUUUUUUGACCGCUAACUACGAGGGAAAAAAAAAUGAGGAAGAGGAGGAACCGGAAC